CACUAAAAAAGAAUAAUAAUAAUUCCCUACCUUAUUCUUAUCGUUUCCCCUUUGGAGAUGCAAUGAUACAUUUGUCAGUUCCAAAAACUCCACCUCUGCAUUCCCCACUGUGUCAGCCACACAAGUUCCCCUCCACCUUGCACAGAAAUUGUAACUGGGCAAAAAUUGAGCCAGACAGCAGAGGCACUGGCAGCAACUUUAGGUGGCUGUUAUUUGUCACUUCCUCUCCACUGCCCCCUACUAUCCCAAAGACAUUCUCAUCUCUUUAAAAAAUAGUGGGGUGAUUAGAGACAGGAAAUUGGUUUCCUGAUAAAUAUUAUUCCUGCAUGUCAGUCCUUUACUUAUUGUCAGCUACUUUAUGGUAACUCUUCCUGCAGAAAGCCAGUCUCCUUUCUCAGACAAAGCUUUGCUUACUUGGGAUCUUGUGCCUUCUAAGGAUAUGCAAGAGUGAGGCUUUUCCAAUGCUGACAUUGCUCCUGGGGUGUGCAGAGCCUGGAGUCUCCCUCCUGCUGCUCUUAGGGCACCGGGAUGGGCAGUGGACUCAUGAGAAGGGAAUGUGUUGGUUCUUGAGUUUUUUUGUUUGAGGGUUUGCUUAGUUUUCUUCUGGAUUCACUGAUUCCACUGUUCGAAAAAUGUUCAUCAGGCUUGGUUCUGCUUAAUAAAAACCGAAAGGAGUGUGUUUAAAUGAUAUUUGAGGAAAAUACAGGAAAUUGCUAAAUUGCCCAGGUUGGGCUGGAACUUGUGAUUCUCUUGUCUCAGCCAAUUAAGGUUCUAGGAUUAUAGGCACAUGCCACCACACUCAGUUUAACUACAAUUUUGACAUGUAAGAAAUGAAAGUGAGAGAGCCACUCUGGCAACAAAAAUGGGUGUUACAGGCAAAGUGUUUAAGUUUGUACAUCUUGAGGCCACACUGAUUGACCUGUAGCAUCUAGGAUUGUGUAACUAGAUCUAUGUUUGUACAAUGAUGGAGUCAUUAACAAUGCAUCUGUCAGAAUGUAUCUCCAUCACUGAUGUACAACUGUACAAGAACUGAUCAGAGAGUGAAAAAUAAAAGUAAAGACCUUAUAUCUGCUCUACUCCCUUUCACCCAUCUGCUCAACUAGUGGUCAAUGAUUUAUCAGUUUCUGUUCCUAACAGUUGCCUCUGCUAGCUCUCACUGUUUUAAAUUUGGAGUGAAGCACAUCCCCCCCCCCCCAACAGUGUUUAGUUGAAAAGGAGUUCAGUUUGAAAAAAGAGCAGUCGGUCACUAGGCUUGAGCUAGGGUAAAACCCACUGGAAAAAUAAGAAUAAAGUAAUUUAACAAGAAUUGUUCCAUUCAAAGAUAGAUAAGGCAUCUCUAUGAAUUUCACUAACUUUUGUCUAAUAACUCUUGUAACACUCAAAACAGGCAGGGUCGAUAUUUACUACAGUUUAGGUCUAAAGACAUACUAUUAGUGAUCUAAACAAUUUGAUGUCAGUUAUAGGGGAUGGAAAAGGCACAGUCUUGGAAAGUUUUGAAAGAUAGCUUUACAAAUAAAAAGAGUGAAUCCUGAUAAACCAGAAGAUAGGUAUUAGCCCUGUUUACCAGGUCAGUUCUGUAGAGCCCUUUUUUGUGUGUACUGGGGAUCGAACUCGGGUCCUUGUGCUUUUGAGACAGGUGCAGGAACCACUGAGCUAAAUCCCCGGCCCUAGAGCCCUUUUUAUGUAUGGUACAUCUCAAGAUCCAUUCCCCUCAUCCCCUCCCCCCCCCACACCUAUACUUUUGUAGGAAUUUUAUGGAACCCAAAGGGAGGGAGGCUAAUAUCCUUACAGGUAAACAAACUAUAAAAAAUUGAUAAUGAACCAGUUGGCGGAUGCCUCCUACCAUCUCAGCACUCCAGGAGGCUGAGGUGGGAGGACCACAAGUCAGAAACCAACCCAGGCAAUUUAGCAAGACCCUAUCUCAAAAAAAGGCUGGGGAUAUAGCUCAUUGUGACGGGCCUGGGUUCAAUCCCCAGUACCCUCCCCAAAGAUAAUAUAUAUUUGAAAAUCCAUUUGUUGAUAUAUUUUGAAAGCAGAGAAGUCAAAGUAGAUAAGGUGGGAUGUACAAAUUUGGAAAGAUUAAGAUAUCUGCAGAGAAGGAAUGUUCAGAAGAGCAAAGGAUAGUAAAACGCUAAAAUAAGUCAUGGUGUUUUCAAUAUUAAGGCUAUUUUUGUUUGUUGGUUGGUUAACUCUUAGAAGAUUUAACGCAGUGGCCUGUUUAUUGUGGAGGAGCUGGUCUCUUCCUCAUGGCUUAUUUCAGCUCCUGUGUAGGUGUAUUUUUGUCAUAAUUUAUUCCACCUGUGUCUGUCAAUUCCUUUCCCCUUGCGUCCUCCUGUGACAUUCUGGCUCAUGUUUCUUCAAAAGCUCUAAGCCAGUUAUUAAUAACAGCCCAGUGACUUCCUGAUCCACAAGGAACAUAUGGUGUUUUUCACAAGACAGAGCUCAUUCCCUUGACUUUGGACUUCACUUACAGAACCUUGAAUGGUCAUUUGAACAAUAGGAACUUUCAGUCUUCCAAGAAAGCAUUUACCUUAAAUGGAGUUAAGUCGAUAGUUGCUGAGAACUAAUUAGUCACUGAAACUGUGAAGCCCUGGAAUACGAAACAGAUUAGGCCACCUCUACCUUUGAGGAAGACAGCAACUCCAUGGGGUGGUGGAUGAAAACAGCCUUGAUCCAGUGUGCUGAAUGGCAAGAUAUUACUGACAAGUGGAAAAUAAAUUCUGCAUGAAAAGGUCACAGGGUAUCACAGAGUUUUCAGAUAUUAUAGAGGCAACACCCUCCUGAAAGGACAGAAAACAGAAACAGCAAGGGGGAAAAUCACCCAUAAUUCCUCUACCCAAAUUUAACUACUCUCGCCAUCAUUAACAUUCGAGCCAAGGUUGCUAAGAGACCACUUGAGUCGAGUGCACUUUGGUGUAGCAACAGCAGACCCAGCAAAGACCAAGGAGCUGCCACCUCCUACCACCUGGGUUUCAUUCAGACAGCAGGAGUAUUCUGAACAUGACUGGUAAAACCUGGAUAUUAAUUUCUACCACCACUCCCCAAAGUCUGGAAGAUGAAAUUGUGGGAAGACUACUAAAAAUCUUGUUUGUUUUAUUUGUUGACUUAAUGUCUAUUGUGUAUGUUGUUAUAACCUCUUAGAAAGCUCUCUGCUUUCUAUAUACAUUUCAAAUUGAAUUCUGGUGAAUUAAAAAUGUGUAUUUUAAUAUA